AUGGCCGUCGCUCAACCUGUAGUCAAGUCAAAGGCACCUUCAAAGGCCAGCAGCAACAAUGCAAACCAAAAGGCAAAGACACAGAUGCACCGUCGCUCCAGGACAGGUUGCUACACAUGCAGAUUACGACGAAAGAAGUGCGAUGAAGGCACUCCCAUGUGCACAGCAUGCAAACACCUGGGACUCUGCUGCGAGUAUAAGCGACCAAUGUGGUGGGGAAACAAUGAGGCAAGGAGACAACACAAGGACGACAUCAAGAUGAUCAUCAAGCGCAAGAAGCUCACGGAAAAGUCAUCGCACACCAUUCAGACUUCAGUUGGCUCAGUUGGCUCGCCACCAGGCCUCUCACACUCGCUUCCUACGUCUGCGACCUUUUCGGAUCCCUUGGACCGCACGAGAUCUGCCUCCAUUGAUUCGCAGUUUGCCUUCAACUUCAACAGCUCGCCCAAUGUUGCCGAUUAUGGCGUCUACAACCCACAGAUGCACCACUCUCACCAGGACUUCAUGUUUGGCAUGACGCCCUAUGAGAUUGAUGUCAAGACUGAGCGUCAAAUGUUUGUCAAUGACGUUCCCACUAUUAGAGAGUCCACCGUCUCGACCUUCAGCACAUACAACACGCCGCCGCCGCCAGGCACCGUCUUGUCUUCCUACCCCUUUGAUGGUGAGUGGACGGAGCAGGUCUACUCGGAGAGACGGGAAUCUCUUGGAGAAGAAGCCCUCAAUGUCAACUUCUUUGACUUUUCGCAUGGCCCGGCCGUCCACUCGAGACAGGUUGCCAUUGAACUGGAUGAGGCUGACCAGCGCCUGCUGGAUCACUUUAUCCAGCACGUGAUGCCAACCAUCUUCCCCAUCCUCGAGUCCAACCAGCAUGGAUCUGUCGGCUCUGAUCUCGUCCUUCCCGCGCUCCAGAGCAACAAGGGAUACCUCCACUGCUGCUUGAUGAUGGCUGCCCAGCACUACAAGGCCACCAUGAACAUUCCAUCGGAGGAGAUUGACAAUGACAUUAUGCGCCACCGCCACGAAACCAUCAAGGCUCUCUGCGAGGCGCUGAACCGCGAUGAGAACCACCACGAGAUCCUCGAGGCCACCUUGGGUCUCAUCUUCUUCCAGUCUUGCGUUGGCCGGUACGAUGACACGCUUCCCGAUAUCCCGUGGCACCAGCACUUUCAGGCUGUCAACUCGUUGGUGACCAAGCUCGAUCUGCCGCGCAUUGUCUCUGACCCAGCGGGCCAAUUGCCGCAAACACCAUUCAACAUGACCCUCACGGCCUGGAUUGACAUUCUCGGCGCCACCAUGCAGGGACGCGCACCAGUCUUUGCGCACACCUACCGGGAGAAGCACCUCUCUCCCACCAACCCCUCCCUGGGUCUGCGCGAGCUGAUGGGCUGCGACGACCGUGUCAUGUACCUGAUUUCCGAGAUUGCUUGCCUCGAAGCGCUCAAGAACGAGGGCAUGGACGACAUGACGCUCUGCCAGCACGUGAGCGCCCUGGGCGACCAAAUCGGCCUCACCGAGAUGGGCGACACGGCGGGACCCAAGAUGCCCUUCAACGCCAACGGCACGCUGAGCCCCAAGCAGCUGAGCCGCAAUGUGACCAGCGCCUUCCGCCUGGCCGCCCGCAUCUACCUCUGCAGCCUGAUCCCGGGCUUCUCGCCCAGCCAGGCCAGCUGUGUCGGCCUCGUUGAAAAGCUGACCAACGUGCUCCAGCACAUCCCCUCGGGCCCCAACGGUUUCGACCGCAGCCUCGGCUGGGUCUACCUCAUUGGCGGUUCCGUGGCCGGUGCCUCGUCCUCGUUCCGCCAGUUCUUUGAGGAGCGCAUCGCCGAGCUCGGCGACGCGGCCACCUAUGGCAGCUUUGGCGGCGUCGCCUCGCUCCUCCGCGAGGUCUGGCAGCAGACCGACAGCUUCGUGCCGAGUCCCAGCGCCUCGGGCAUGGUGGAGCUUCCUUACAUUUCCUGGAGGGACGUGAUGCAGAUGAGACAAUGGGACUACUUGCUGAUCUAG